AAUACCCCAAGUAUUCACUUUACAGAGCAAAAAAAACUCAUUUUUAAAAAAAAAAAUGGCCGAGAGGUACCAACAAGUUUAUCCCUUAGCCCCGGCGAACGGGCACCCGAGAAGCGACGAAGAAUCAUCCAAUUUGGACGCCAAGGAGCUCAAGCGCAGGAAGAGGAUCAAAUUGGCAAUCUAUGCUUUCAUUUUCACCGCGUCCCAGAUCAUCGUUACCCUGGUGUUCGUACUAGUUGUGAUGCGCGUCAAGUCUCCUAAGCUAAGGCUUAGCGACAAGUUCGAAUUCCAGACAAUCGAAACAAAUAGCGGAUCAAAACCUUCCUUUGACAUAAGCUUCACAACCCAAUUGAGGGUCAAGAACACCAACUGGGGACCCUACAAGUUCGACAACACCACCGCCGCUUUCGCCUACGAAGGCGAGACCGUUGGGCAGGUUGUCAUUCCCAAGGGCAAGGCCGGUAUGAGGUCGACCAAGAAGGUGCCUGUGAGUGUGAGUUUGAGUUCGAGUCAGCUGAAAAACAAUACCAAUCUUGGCAGUGAACUGAGUGGUGGAAUAUUGACGCUGAGAUGUACGGCCAAGAUGACUGGGAAAGUAAAACUCAUGUUGAUCAUGAAGAAGAAGAAGUCUGCGAAUAUGAACUGCACGAUUAAUAUUCAUGUGAAAGAGAAGACAGUCAACUUGAAAUGCUAGCGUGAGAAAUGGUUGUUGUUAUAUUAUAAUUAUUGUUUUAGACUUGUGAGCUUUGGUUGUUGUUAUAAUUAUUUGUUUUUUCUUGUUCUUUUUACGUAGAUGUACGUAUAAG